AUGGCAGAUUAAGAAAAGAACUUGGAACCUCCUCAAGAUUAACCAGAUUAAGAAUAAUUUCUCUUAUAAUAAGCUCAAGAUAAUAGAUAGGUUUUUGAUGUUGAAAACUAAUAAGAAAUUUAGAAAGAUAGUAAUGGCUUUAAAAUGGAAGAUAUGAAUAAUGAAGAGGAAUCAAGAAUGAUGAAGAGAGAUAUAAUCAAGAAAAGAAAGAAGAGAGAAAAAAAAGAGAAAUUGAUAUCUGCAAGAAGAUUAAAACGAAUGUUAAAAAAGAAACCUAUUGAUAAAAUUAGAUUAGUUUAUUAAGCUUAUUUCUUUAUAGUUAGUAUCACAGUACUUACUUUAAGUAUAUUGUCAUACAGAGAUUAAACAGUUUAUGAAGGAGAUUAUCAAUAAUUCAUUGACAAUGUUAAAUCUUAUGUAAUUGAUGAUAUUCAAUUCACUUAUACAAAUAAAAAUUGUAAGACUUAGUUUGGAAGUGAAGUAAGAUAUUAUUCAUAAUUAUAGUAUUCAUCCCUUUAUGAAUAUGAAUGGCCAGGUACAAGGAUUGGAUGUGAUUGUAGUAAAGGAUUUAAUUUCUCUACAUUAACAGAUUAUAAUAUUGAUGCGUUUUUCAGUGAAUCUUUUAUGCUUGGCCGUAUUUGCAGUUAAGAAUUGCUCUCCAAAAAUUGUAAUACAGUGAACGAACAAUAGCCUAAAAUCUUCAACUCAUGGAACGAUGGAUCAUAUGGAAGACGUAAUGUUAUAUAUCAAUUUAAUUAGCUUUUGUAUUGUGUGCUAGAAGAAAAAUUGGAAUUGAUUUAUAAUCUAACUCAUCUAAUUGUUAAUCUGAUCACAAAGUUUGUGGUACAGGUGAUAAUGUCUUUUGUGUUCCAACAGAUGUGAGUUGUCCAAUAUCAGAAAUAGGAUUUACUACUAAUUCAAAUUAUUAAAAUAUAAAAUCUAAAAAUAAUACAAAUAUAGGAGAUAUUUUUGAUUUGGGAGCAGGAUUCUAUUUUUAUUAUAUCAAAAAUACAUCUAGUUUACCAAUUGUAGAAUUUAGAGUAACUGAAGGUGACAAAGUAUGUAGAAGGAAUUUAGAUCAAAAUAUUUCACCUAAUCGAAUAGAUUAUCCUUUAAUGUUAUCUAGAAGAAAGCAAUGUGAAAAUACUGAUUAACUCUUCUAAAUAGUACAUUCAAUUGAUGAAGAAUAAUUUUAUCUUUCCAAUAAUGUAAUUUAUUUGUCUGAUAAAUUACCAUAUUUUAAUAUUGAUACAAAAUAUAAUUGGACACUUCAUGCUAAAACAUUUAUUCCAUGGGCACCUCAAUGUAGAGGUGAUUUAUUUGAUUAAGUUUUACAAGAAGGAAAUACCUUACAUUAUGUUUACAUAUCAUUAAGAGUAUAACUAGGAGUUACAAUUGCUUAUUUUAUUGUUAUUGGUCUUAUUUUUAAUAUUGUUGGAACAAUGACUGCUUGCAACUUUGCUUGGUCUUGUAUGGCAAGUAAUAUAUUAUUUUUUAUAAUUAUAGCUAGACCUGAAUCAUAAUAUAAUUAUAUUUUUCUAAUUGAAAUUGGAUUCAAAAUACUGUUACAAAUUACAGAAAUCAUUGUAAUAAUAGUAUCAUUUGCUCUAAUAGAUGGAAAAAGAAAAAUAAUUAAAUAAGUUAAUGAUGAUGGAUGUGUAUCAGAUCCUGUUAGUGACUAUUUCUUUACUAAUUUGGAAAGUGAUUUAACUAAAUUUGCUUGGUCUUACAAUCUAGCAAAUUUAGUUAUAUUUGCUGUUACCCUUAUUCUUGAUCUAAUAAUAAUUAAACACUCAAUUAAUCAAGGACAUCAUCAUGGAGCAAAAAAACAUCAUGAAAAAUUAGAACAUCAAGAAUUAGAUGUAGGAUCAAAUGGUGAAUCAGGAAAUUAGUAAGAAGUUAAAAGUGAUUUAAAACUUUAAGUUAAGACAGAAGCUUUACAAACUCCAAUAUGA